AUGUCCUGGCUGUCGCCCUUCAGUGCCAACGCGACGGCACCGGUGCUGCAGGAGUGGCCUGGGUCGCACACCUGCCGCCCGCGCUUCAUGGUGGUCGGAGCGCCAAAGUGCGGCUCCACGUCGCUCUUCCGGUACCUCGAGGCGCACCCCGACGUGCAGCAGCCGGCGACCAAGGAGCUGUGCUACUUUUCGCGCUUCAAGCGGUACCUGACGCACUACCGCACCGGCCCUGCCACGUCCUGGCCACACUACCUCGCCGCGCUCGCCGGCGGCUCGCACCUCAACCUCUCAUAG